AUGGCUCCCAAGAAAGAGGCGAAGAAGGAGUCAUCCUCAACCUUCACUCAUCAACCCGCCAUUGGUACUCGAACCUCUUCUCGCACUGCAAAACCCAAUUUGGAUUCUAAUUCGGAUCCUCAACAACCACCUGUCAAUGUUGCUCCAAGCUCUUCUGGAAGUGGAAAAGCAAAAUUGGGUUCUAAUCCUAAGCCACCCAGGUCCAAGAAGGCAGAAACAAAGAAUUCUGAUGGUGGUGGUGGUGAAUCUUCUUCAAUGGGUUUCAAGAAAAAGGCGAAUUCAGGGCCUGCCGCCAUUGGUACUCAAAGCUCUGCUCGACAACGCGGCAAAGGCAAAGUGGAGUCUGAUCCUAAGCCACCCAAGUCCAAGAAGGUAGAAACAAAGAUUUCUGAUGGUGGUGGUGGAGAAUCUUCUUCAAUGGAUUCCAACAAAAAGGCGAAUUCAGGGCCUGCCGCCAUUGGUACUCGAAGCUCUACUCGACAACGCGGCAAAGACAAAGUGGGUUCUAGCAUGCCUUCUGAUUCUGUUUCUCAACCACCCAAGUCGGAGAAGGCUGAAACAAACACUUCUGAAUCUUCUUCGAUGGAUUCCAAGAAUAAGGCGAAUACGGAGACUGCCGUCAUUGUUACUCAAAGAUCUACUCGACAACAACGCGGCAAAGGUAAAGUGGAUUCUAACGUCCCUCCUGAUUCUGUUUCUCAACCACCCAAGUCAAAGAAGGGCGAAACAACAAACACCACUGCUGGCGGCGCCUCUUCUCCCGCCGCCGCCCGCCGUCGCAAUGAAAUACCCAAAUCGCCUGUUGCUCAAAAACCCAUAAUAUCACCAAAUACUCGUUCAUCCAGUACCAAGAUAUCCAGAACAAGUUCUUAUGAGGGAAACGCAAGAGUCUCUGGACCAGCCAAGAAAAGGUUAAAUAUGGAACCCUCCUCCCGUUCCGGUCGACGUGAUAAAGGCAAAGCGAAAAUGGUGCCUUCUGAGGAAAGUCCCUCUGAGGACAAUGCGCCGGAAGAUAUGAAAGAGAAGAAUUACCCAAGCAUGUUCAAGCCAGUGAGUAUAACCAGCUCUGAGGCCAAUGCAGUGCUUGCUAAGCGGUUGCCGCUCAAGAAAAGGGCAGUUGUGCUGCCAACUUCCAGUGUUCUCACCCGUCAGGGCAAAGCCAGAAUGGCAAAUCCACAACCAUCAAAAUCCACAGCGUCCACUGCCGGCUCAGCUCGCCGGAGAAAACCCAAAACCGAUUCUGAUUCGACUCCUCCUGCUGACCCACAACCACCAAAAUCCGAGAAAGCUAAAGCCACACCGUCCACUUCCGUCUCAACUCGCCGGGGAAAAGCUCAAAUGGGUACUGGCCCGACUCCUAAAGGCAGAGCUUCCACUUACCGGGGCAAAACUGAAAUGGGUUCUGACCCGACUCCACCAAGUUCCAGUACAAGGGGGAAUUCAUCAGUUUCAGCAACACCCAGGAACAAGACAACUGUGGAGCCUUCAAGCAGAGUGCUUCGAAGUGGUAAAAAAAACUGA